GAACGAGGCGAGGAACAGCGAAGGAGAGGAGAGGAAAAGAGGAGAGGAGAGGAGAAGAGAAUAAAGAAGAGAGGAGAGAGGAGAGGGAAGAGGAGAUGAUGGAGAUGUAGUCGGAGCCGCACGCGGAAUAUAUUUCCCGGAGAGAUGCUCGCGCGCGCUCGAGACUGAACUGAACGGAGAAAACUUUGAAGUGUUCUUCAGAGGUGGUUUGGUGAAGAGUGCAGUGCGACCAUGCAGAUCCAGGUGACUUCGCUGCUGGCUCUGCUGCAGCUGCUCGUGUGCGGCAGCGCCCACACCCCAGGGCUGGAUGCGAAGUCCGUUCCGCACUUCACUCGUCCUAUUUACAACACCACUAUAUUCGAAAACUCUGCUGCUAAGACGUACUUGGAAGGCCCUGUCAAGAUGGGCAUCUACAACAUAGACCCUUCAUGGGAAAUACGGUACAAAAUUGUGUCAGGUGACAACGAGAACCUCUUCAAAGCUGAGGAGUAUCAACUCGGGGACUUUACCUAUUUGCGAAUAAGGACCAAAGGAGGCAGCAGCGCCAUUCUUAACCGGGAGGUCAGAGACCACUAUUUGCUCACGGUCAAAGCUGUGGAAAGGAACUCAAAUGCCGAGGCGCGAGCUCGCGUCAUGGUUCAGGUACAGGAUACCAAUGACCUUCGCCCUCUGUUCUCUCCCACCUCCUACACUGUGUCCUUGCUGGAGAACACGGCAAUACGCACCAGCAUUGCCAAGGUCACAGCGACAGAUGCGGACAUCGGUACGAACGGAGAGUACUACUACAGUUUUAGAGAGUGGACAGACAUGUUUUCGGUCCAUCCCACAAGUGGGGUGGUGACUCUAACUGGCAAACUUGAUUAUGCCGAGACGAAGCAGUACGAUUUGGAGAUAUUAGCUGUGGACCGUGGGAUGAAGCUGUAUGGAAGCAGUGGGUUUAGCAGCAUGGCUAAGCUGACGGUACGCAUAGAGCAGGCUAACGAGAACGCCCCUGUCAUCACAGCUGUCACUCUAGCACCUUCUGACACAGACAAGGACCCGACUUAUGCAGUAGUCACUGUUGAAGAUGACGACCAAGGAGCCAACGGUGAAAUAGCGUCUCUUAGCAUCGUAGCAGGAGACCCUUUGCAGCAGUUUCGGGCUACGAGGACCAGUCCUGGCAGUAAGGAAUACAAAAUUAAAGCUGUGAAGGAAGUAGACUGGGAUGGUCAGCCGUACGGGUACAAUCUCACUUUGCAAGCUAAGGAUAAAGGAAGCCCACCUCAGUUUUCCUCAGCAAAAGUCAUCCACAUCACUUCCCCACUGUUUAAAGUAGGCCCUCCUAAAUUUGAGCAAUCUGUUUACAGGGCGAAUGUAAGUGAAUUUGCUCCAGUACACAGUCCUGUUGUUUUGGUCACAGCUGUGCCAAAAUAUCCCCAUUUGAAGUAUUCUUUCAAACAUAAAUUGGACAAAAUUCCCUUUGCAGUCAAUUCCGACACUGGCUUAAUUACAACAGCUGGACCCAUCCAUGCUGACUCUUUGGCACACUAUGAAUUAGAGGUAAUUAUUAGUGACGGAAAAGCAGCUGCCAAGGUUAUUAUUGAUGUGAUCGACGUGAACAAUAACGGCCCGGAGUUUCAGCAGUCGUCUUUCAAGGCUAAUGUUGAUGAAAAUAUGCCUGUUGGAACCAGUGUUCUAACAGUGAAAGCCACAGAUUUAGACAGUGGAGAGAACGGUUAUGUCACAUACAGUAUUGCUAACAUCAUUCCCCAGCCUUUUGUCAUCGACUACUUCACAGGGGUUAUCAGUACCUCGGAACAACUCGAUUAUGAAUUAAUGCCAAGGAUUUAUAAUUUACGCGUCCGUGCGUCAGAUUGGGGUGAACCUUUCCGACGUGAGGUCGAGACUCAAGUCACGAUCAGCCUAAACAACCUGAACGACAACAAACCUCUGUUCGAAAAUGUGGAUUGCCAGGUCACUGUGCCCAGAGAUCAUGGCACCGGAGAACAGAUCACUACCGUAUCUGCCAUUGACGCUGAUGAACUCCAGCUGGUCAGGUACGUGAUCCAAGCCGGGAAUGACCUAGAUCUUUUCGAGUUGAACCCUAACUCAGGGGUGUUGUCUCUAAAGCAGCCACUGAGUGAGGGUGAAGCAGCAAAGACAUCCUUGUACAGCUUGCAGAUCGUAGCCAGUGAUGGAGAACAUGAAACUCCGGUGAUGUUCUUGAACAUAACUGUCAUUACUCCUCGUAAGCCGGUUCAAGUGAAGUGUGUCGACACCGGUGUAGCCACCAUGCUGGCGGAAAAAUUGCUCCAAGGCAGUAAACUCCACAGCCAAGUUGAACCAGAUGAUAACUUUGUAGACCUUCACGCCGUCAAUCGCUUCACACCUCAGUUUGUGGAACCAUUCCCGAGCGUUGUUGAGGUCAAGGAAGAUCUUCCUGUUGGAGCUCGGAUCGUUCAUUUGAGUGCCUCUGACGCUGACAGUGGUUUCAAUGGGAAGCUGGUUUAUGUCAUAUCUGGAGGUGAUACUGAAAGUCGGUUUGUAGUUGACACGAAUGACGGAUGGCUUAAGGUUUAUGCACUGCUUGAUAGAGAGACAUCUGAUCAUUAUACGCUUAACAUCACUGUCUAUGACCUUGGAAUACCUCAAAAGUCAUCAUCGCGCCUGCUUGACGUCAAGGUCACGGAUGCUAAUGAUAACAGCCCGCAGUUUUUACAAAACACGUAUUCUGUGGAAAUAAGUGAGAAUACGGCUGUAGGGACUGAAGUCAUUCAGGUUGAAGCCAAAGAUAGAGACCUUGGAGAUAAUGGCGUCGUCAGGUACUAUAUAUUGGCAGACACGGAUCAGUUUGCUAUCGACGAGGUGACCGGAGUUGUAAGGGUUAAAAAGCCAUUAGAUCGUGAAGUUCAGCCUGAGCUGUUGCUCAGGAUAGCAGCCCGUGACCAGGCUACUGGUGAACCUCAGCUGGUGUCGAUCGUGUCGCUUAAAAUCACACUUAAAGACGUGAACGACAACCCUCCGAAAUUUAUACCUCCAAAUUAUCGAGUGAAAGUCCGUGAGGAUCUACCUAUUGGGACUGUUAUUAUGUGGUUGGAAGCCCACGAUCCUGAUGUUGGAACUUCGAGCCAGGUACGCUACAGCCUCGUGGACAGUGGCGACGGGAAAUUUGAAGUGGACAAACUGAGUGGCGCGAUUCGAAUUGUUCAGAAUCUGGAUUAUGAGAAAAAGCAAAUUUAUAACCUCGUAGCAAGGGCCAAGGACAAAGGCAAACCAAUUUCUUUAUCCUCAAGCUGUAGUAUUGAGGUGGAGGUAGUGGACGUGAACGAGAAUUUACAUCGACCGUGGUUCUCGUCAUUUGUGGAUAAGGGAUUUAUCAAAGAGGAUGUGCCAAUCGGAACGUCCGUCAUGAAAGUAACCGCUCAGGACGAGGACAAAGGAAGGGACGGGGAGAUUCGUUACUCUAUUCGGGAUGGAUCCGGACUUGGUGUCUUUGCUGUCAAUGAAGAAACUGGUGUGAUCCGCACUCUGGAGCUCCUGGACCGCGAGACGGUGCCGCACUACUGGCUGACGGUGUACGCCAGCGAUGGCGGUGUGGUGCCGCUGUCCUCCUUCGUGGAGGUCUACAUCGAAGUGCAGGACGUGAACGACAACGCGCCACACACCUCCGAGCCUGUGUACUACCCGUCCGUCAUGGAGAACUCACCCAAAGACGUCUCGGUCAUUCAGAUCGACGCGUUCGACCCCGACACUCGCUCCAGCGACAAACUGAGCUACAAGAUCAGCAGCGGGAACCCGCAGGGCUUCUUCAGCAUCGACCCCAAGACAGGUCUGGUCACUACCACGUCUCGCAAACUGGACAGAGAGCAGCAGGACGAGCACAUCCUCGAGAUCACUGUGACUGAUCAAGGUGUCCCGGCCCGCUCCACCACAGUACGUGUAAUCGUGCAGGUGUUAGACGAGAAUGACAACCGGCCUAUUUUCAUGGAAAAGGUUUACAAAAUCAAGCUACCAGAACGGGAGAAGGUUGAGAAGGUUGAGAAGGAGCGUUCGGUGCGACGAGAGCCGGUGUAUCGAGUCAUCGCCUCGGAUCGGGACAACGGACCCAAUGCAGAGAUCUCAUACAGCAUCGAGGAUGGAGACGAGCAAGGAAAGUUCUUUAUCGAACCCAAAACGGGGCUCGUGUCAUCUAAGAAGUUCUCUACAGCUGGCGAAUACGACAUCCUCACGAUCAAAGCGGUGGAUAACGGCCGGCCCCAAAAGAUGUCCACAUGCCGCCUGCACAUCGAGUGGAUCCCGAAGCCGGAGCCGAGCGCCACGCCACUGGCAUUCGACGAGAGCGUGUUCUCCUUCAGCGUCAUGGAGAGCGACCCGGUCUCGCACAUGGUCGGGGUUAUCACCAUGGAGCAGACGGACACGCCCGUCUGGUUUGAUAUCACAGGCGGGAACUCGGACAGCCGUUUCGACGUGGGAAAAGCGAGCGGGACGCUGAUGGUGGCGCGACCUCUGGACGCCGAACAGAAAUCGAGCUACAACCUGACGCUCGAGGCUACUGACGGGACGAACACAGUGAGCACACAGGUUCUCAUCAAAGUGAUCGACACCAACAACCACCGGCCUCAGUUUUCCCAGCCGCGGUACGAAGUGAAUGUGCCAGAGGACGUAGCGCCCGAUACCGAGGUGCUGCGCCUGAGCGCCACCGAUCAGGACGAGAAGAACAAACUGACGUUUACGCUGCUGAGCAGCACCGACCCGUUCAGCCUGCGCAAGUUUCGCCUGGACCCGGGAACCGGAGCGCUGUACACAGCUGAGGCGCUCGACCACGAGGCCAUGCGCCAGCACACACUCACAGUCAUGGUGCGAGACCAGGACAUUCCGGUCAAGCGGAACCUUGUCCGAGUGAUCGUCAGAGUGGAGGACGCUAAUGACAAUGCGCCGUGGUUUUUGGGAGCGCCGUACAUGGGACGCGUGUUUGAGUCGGCCGCUGUCGGAUCGUCCGUGCUGCAGGUCACCGCCUUGGACAAGGACAAAGGACAAAACGCUGAGAUCAUCUACAGUAUCGAAUCAGGAAAUGUGGCUAAUUCCUUUGCAAUCGAUCCGGUCCUCGGCACCAUCACUGUGGCAAAAGAGCUGGACCGAAGCAACAACAAUCACUUCGAGCUGACAGUGAAAGCUACAGAUAGAGGAACUCCGCCUCUGAGCGCUUCAGCGACCGUUGAUGUCAUUGUUACAGUCUCGGAUAACGCCGUACCUAAAUUUACAGAUAAAGAGUUUUCUGCAGAGAUCAGUGAAACUGCACUUCCUGGAACUUUUGUAAGUUUGGUUACAGCCACCAGCCAAUCGUCCGUCUUCUACCAGAUCAAGGAAGGCAACGUGAACGAAUCGUUUGACAUUAACCCCAACUCUGGAGUUGUUGUGACUCAAAAGGCUCUGGAUUAUGAAACUAUUCCAUCAUACACACUAACCAUUCAGGGUUCCAACAUGGCUGGCCAAGCUAGCAACAUUACACUUACGAUCCACCUAAAGGAUGAAAACGAUAACGUUCCAGUUUUUAUCCAGGAGGAGUUUACGGGUGUAGUUAGUGAGUCAUCACCUGUGAAAACUGUUGUCCUGACCAAGGAUAGCACUCCUUUAGUCAUCCGUGCUCUCGACGUAGACCGUGACGCAAACGCUAGGCUGGUCUACCAGAUUGUGGAGCCAUUUGCCCACAACUACUUUGCCAUUGAUUCUAGCACUGGAGCCAUAAGAACUACAACCGAGUUGGAUUAUGAACAAAAAUCUGUUUUCCGGUUCACAGUUCAAGUACAUGACAUGGGAAUUCCACGUCACUUCGCAGCCAAGGCUGCUAACGUGACCAUUCAAGUCAUAGAUGUCAACGAUUGUCCGCCACAGUUUAGCCAGGACAUGUAUGAGGCGACAGUUCUCAUGCCAACUUACAAAGGCGUGAAAGUCAUUAUAGUAAAUGCGACGGAUGCUGACUCGGGACCAAACUCUAGACUACUCUAUUCGAUUGCAGACGGUAAUAUUGGAGACAAGUUCAAAAUAGACUCACUCACAGGGGUUAUUACUAUUCAAAAUGUUACUCAACUGAGAAGCAGGUAUGAGCUGAAGGCUAGGGUGUCUGAUGGCAGGUUUUCCAAAACUACUUCAGUCAAAAUCAGCAUUCGAGAGAAUAAAGCAAGUGGUCUGAAGUUCACUCAAAACUCCUACAAGGCUUUUGUACAGGAGAACUCCUCGGAAAAGAAAACGCUGGCAGUCAUUGCCGCCGUGGGAAACCAAGUGAACGAGCCACUAUUUUACACCAUUUUGAACCCAGAUAAAAGAUUCGAGAUCAGCCGUACUUCUGGGGUUCUUUCCACAACUGGCAUACCUUUUGACCGUGAGGAACAGGAUGCUUACGACAUUGUUGUAGAAGUAACUAGAGAGGACAAAUCAUCUGACAUGGCUCACAUUCUUAUAACAGUAAACAUCGAGGACAUCAACGACAAUCCACCCAUGUUUGUCAACCUGCCUUACCAUGCACUGAUUCAGAAGGACACCGAGGAGGGCCAAGUCAUUAGACAAGUGACCGCCAUGGAUUCGGAUGCGGAGAAUAAUGCUGACAUAAGGUAUCAUCUACAGGAACUAAACGAAUAUAUCCAGAUAAGCUCAAGUGGUGAACUUUCACUGAAAAAGUCAUUUGAGAUAGACUCCUUGGAGACAGAGUUUAUAGUCAUGGUUGUGGCUACAGAUGCCGGGGAACCACCAUUGUCAGCAACUGUCGAAAUUCGUAUAACUGUAGUGGAUAAAGCCAUACCAGUGUUUGAAAAGCCUUUUUACAGUCUAGAGAUCCCUGAGAACGUACAGCUGCAUGUUCCUAUUAUCCAUAUACAGGCUAGUAAUUCAGAAGGGCCAAAGGUAGUAUACACCAUCACAGAGGGUGAUCCUUAUAAUCAGUUCUACAUCAAUUUCAACACAGGUGUUAUUCAAGUGGUACAGCCACUUGAUUUUGAGACACACCCUGCUUACAAGCUAUGUGUCAGAGCCACGGAUUCACUGACUGGUGCUAGAGCUGACGUGUUUCUUGACAUAAUUUUAGAGGAUGUGAAUGACAACCCACCUGUGUUCCUUUCCAAGUCUUAUAACGCAAGCCUUUCUGAAGCAUCUGUCAUCGGCACUGCUGUAGUACAGAUAUCUGCUAUGGAUGCAGACACGGGUAACAAUAAACUUCUGUCCUACCAAAUAGCCAACGACGAUAAAAUCUCUGAAUAUUUCACUAUCGAUCGAGACACCGGUACGAUCUGGACAGCACGUAUGCUAGACCAUGAGGAGAAGACGCAACAUAAGCUAACAGUCCGAGCCGUCGACAGAGGAGUUCCGGCGCUUUCCAGCGAAGUCAUUGUGACGAUUGAGGUUAUAGAUCUUAAUGACAAUGCUCCUGUGUUCUCACAGAAGGUUUAUGAAGCAGCAGUCAGUGAGCUGGCUCCACGUGGUCAUUUCGUGACGCAGGUUCAGGCAUCGGACGCCGACAGCUCUGAUAGUGCGAAACUCGAGUUUUCGAUCUUGUCGGGAAAUGAAGAGCAGAACUUUGUUAUCGACAAAAUAUCUGGAGCUGUUGUGAUUUCCAACCACAGGAAGCCACACAUGAAGCCCUUAUAUAACCUUAACAUUUCUGUGUCUGAUGGUGUAUUCAGGAACUCUGCAAUUGUAAAAAUCACUGUAAAGGGUGCAAACUUCCACAGUCCUUCCUUCCCUCAAGUUGACUACAUAGUAGAGCUUCUAGAAAACUCUGCAGUAGGAACAUUAGUGGCAGAGGCUCCGGCGUCGGAUGAAGAUGCAGGCUUAUAUGGGCAAAUCACAUACCACAUAGUCAACGAUGUCGCUAAAGAUAAAUUUUCUGUAAAUGAAGAUGGUGAAAUUUUCACUUUGGAAAGCCUCGAUCGUGAGAAUGCUUUGGAGAAAAUCAUUCAAGUCUCAUUGAUGGCAAAAGAUGGUGGUGGUAGAGUGGGAUUCUGCACCAUCAGUGUGAUCCUAACAGAUGUUAACGAUAAUUCCCCACAGUUUAGAGCUGCAGAAUACAAGGUCAACAUAGGGUCAGAUGUUCCUCGAGGAACGACGGUGGUUAAAAUUGCAGCUUCUGACAUGGAUGAAGGCAGCAAUGCAGACAUAACCUACACUAUCGAAGCAGAGACAGAUAACGUAUCUGAGAACUUUGAGAUACACCCACUCAGUGGGGUCGUUGUGACUAAAGAGAGUCUCAUCGGAUUAGAAAAUGAGCUCUAUGCCUUCUUUGUGCGUGCAAAGGAUGGUGGUAACCCUUCAAGAUCUUCUGUAGUCCCAGUCUAUGUUAGAGUUCUUGCCCCGGAGGUCAAAGUACCAAAGUUUGUUGAACCAUAUUACAGGUUUGCCAUUGAAGAAGAUCGUCCUAUCGGCUCACAAAUAGAUGUGAUUCAAACAGAAAGUGACCAGCCAGUGAUUUUCACCAUGGUGAAAGGUAACACCCUGGAGAGUAACAAAGAUGAAGUUUUUGAGAUUGAUCGUGACACAGGAGCUCUGAAGCUGGUAAAGAAACUUGACCAUGAGGCCACCAAGUGGUAUCAAUUCACUCUCCAAGCACAAAGUGAGCAUGAAGGCAGUGAAGUCAUGUCUUCUGUCGAGGUUAACAUCCAGGUCAAGGAUGUAAAUAAUAACAGUCCCGUCUUUGAGUCAGACCCUUACAAAGCUGUUGUGGUUGAGAAUCUUCCAGGAGGCACCUCAGUUUUACAGGUGAAGGCGAUGGAUCUAGACUCAAGCACCAAUGGGCAAGUGAGCUACAGCCUGGAUCCUGUCCAAGAUGCUGUGGACAUUGCAGAACUGUUUGGCGUGAACAGCGAAACGGGCUGGGUGACCACACUGAAGGAGCUGGACCGCGAGAAGACAGACAAGUACACCAUAUCGGUCCUGGCCACAGACCGUGGAGAUAAAGUACAACUUACUGCUAGUACCAAAGUUGAGGUAACGGUGGCCGACGUGAAUGAUAACCCACCCAGAUUCACGGCAGAGAUCUACAAAGGGACAGUGAGUGAAGACGACCCUCCCGGUGGAGUGAUUGCCAUCCUCAGCACAACUGACGCAGACUUCGAGGAUAUCAACAAGCAAGUCGAGUACUUCAUUACAGGUGGCGACCCCCUGGGGCAGUUUGGUGUAGAGCACACACAGGGCGAGUGGAAGGUUUUGGUGCGGAAGCCACUGGACAGGGAGGAGACAGACAAUUACCACCUCAACGUCACGGCAACAGACGGCACCUUUACCACGCGGGCUCUGGUGGAAGUCAAAGUGUUGGACGCCAACGACAACAGUCCUGUUUGCGAGAAGUCUCUGUACUCGGUGCGAGUCCCGGAAGACGCCGCACCCGGGCGUUACGUCCUCCAGGUCUCUGCUACGGACGCAGACAUCCGCUCUAAUGCUCACAUCAGCUACCAGCUCUCAGGAGCCGGAGCCGAGCACUUCAGCGUCGAUCCUGAGACAGGUGACCUGAAGACCUUCAGUGUACUGGACUAUGAGGAGGACAAGCUGCACAGGAUGAAGGUGCGCGCGCUGGACGGAGGAGGGCGGUUCUGCGAGUCUGAGGUAGAGGUCGCGGUGGACGACGUGAACGAUAACGCUCCGCGCUUCGCCGCCGACCCCCUCGCCAUCACCGUGUUCGAGAACACGGAGACACACACGCCGGUGGCCCGGCUGCAGGCCUCGGACCUCGACACCGGCCGGAACGCUGAGCUGGUGUACACCCUGCUGGAUUCGGCCGACGGAGCCUUCUCAAUCGACGAGCAUUCCGGGGUACUCCGCUUGGCCGCACCCCUCGACCGCCAGCUCAGAGCGUCGUACACCCUCCGAGCUCGUGCCACGGACCGUGGCUGGCCCCGCCCCCUGUCCGCCGCCUGCACGGUCACCGUAUCCGUCCUCGACCUCAACGACGACCCUCCCGUCUUCCAGUGGCGCGAUUACGCCGCAACCGUCCCUGAGGACGUCGCCACGGGAACCCAGGUCCUGCGUGUCCACGCGGCCAGCCGUGAUGCCGAAGCCCGGAUCGCCUACGCCAUCGUGGAUGGAAACGAAAUGGGCAGGUUCAGCGUGGACGCACACACAGGUGUCAUUUUCGUGAUAACGCCUCUGGAUUACGAAUUGUCCCAUGAGUUCUCUCUGACCGUCGAGGCAACAGAUGAAGAAACGCCGUCUCUAAGCGACAGGACCGUCGUCAGUAUCAACGUGACGGAUAUAAACGACAACAGCCCGGUUUUUAGUCAGUCGGUUUACGCCGCCGUGGUGAGCGAGGACAGCGAGCCAGGCAAGGCGGUGCUGACGAUCAUGGCUGAAGAUGCGGACGGACCCUCCAAUAACCAGGUGCACUACACCAUCGUCAGCGGCAACCAAGGAAACCCCUUCUCUAUCGACCCUUUGAAGGGAGAGGUGAAGGUGGCGCGGCAUCUGGACCGAGAGAAGGUGUCUGGUUACACUCUGACCGUCAGGGCAUCUGAUAGCGGGAGCCCGGCUCAUGUAAGCACUGCCAAGAUCAACAUUGAUGUAUCUGACAUCAACGACAACCCGCCUGUGUUCUCCCAGAGCAACUACACACUCAUCAUCCAGGAGAACCGUCCGGUCGGGACCAGCGUCCUCCAGCUGAGCGUAUCGGACCGAGACGCGUCACACAACGGACCGCCGUACUCCUUCUCCAUCGCCGGCGGUAACGAGGAUCACACGUUCGACAUCACGUCCCAGGGGGCGCUGGUGUCCAUUGGAACCCUGAGUCGCCGCAGCAAGGACAGCUACGUCCUGGAGAUCCAGGUGUCAGACUCCGGCCGGCCGCCCCUCUCCUCCUCGGCGCUGGUGUUCGUUCGCCUGAUCGAGGAGAGCAUCCACCCUCCUGUCAUCCUCCCGCUGGAUGUUUUCGUCACCACCACGACCGCUGAGUACGCCGGCGGCGGGGUUCUGGGAAAGAUUCAUGCUACAGACCAAGAUGUGCACGACACUCUCACCUACGGGAUCAGCUCUGACCCCGCCCCUUCAGACAGCUCCGCCCUGUUCUCGGUUUCACCCGCCGAUGGCCGUCUUGUCGCUCUGGGUGCCCUUGACUCCGGGCGCUACCUGCUCAAUGCCACCGUGACGGACGGCCGCUUUAUGACAUGGGCGCGCGUCACUGUGCAUGUACGCCCCGCCCCCGCCCUCAUCAAUCUCGUGACCAUCCGCCUGGGCGCCAUCGCGCCGGAAGAGUUCAUCGGCGAGCAUUGGCGCAAUUUCGCUAGAGCGCUGCGAAACACAGCGGGCGUGCGGCGCAGCGACGUGCAGCUCGUCAGCCUGCAGCCGGAUCACAGUGACCUAGAAGUGCUCCUUGCUCUCGACAAAACAGGAAGUCCAGAACAGGCACAGGACGUGGUGGUAAGGAAGUUAAACGCCUCCGCUGGUGCCAUUGAGGAGAUAACUGGGGUGAGGAUUGUGCGUGUGGGCAACACACUUUGCCCUCGAUUGGACUGUCCAGCUCGUCACUGCCAGGAGACGGUGACCUUGGAGACGGGCACCAUGGCGACAUACAGCACAGCCAGGCUCAGCUUCGUCACCCCGCGCCACACACGGAAAGCUGACUGCCUUUGUCGUGGUGCUGAGUGCGCAGAGUUGAGUAAGCUGUGCAUAGGGAACCCGUGUCCCGAAGGUACGGAGUGUGUGGAAGACCCAACACACACCACGUUCAGCUGCGUAUGCUCAGACGAGAAACAUGGACAGUGUGCAGAAGGUCAGGCUCUGACAUUCAGCGGGAACGGCUACGUGCGCUACAGACUGAUGGAGAAUGACAAUAAGGAGGAGAUGAAUCUCUCACUCAGGCUGCGUACACUCUCCGACCGCGCCAUUAUCAUGUACGCCAAGGGCACUGACUACAGCAUUCUGGAGAUUGUGAAUGGACACCUGCAGUACAGGUUUGACUGCGGCAGUGGGCCUGGUUUCGUCUUCAUCCACGGCCCGUUAGUGAAUGACGGCGAAUGGCACACGGUCUCUCUCGAAGUGGAUGGCAACUACGCCCGCCUGGUUCUUGACCGAACACACACUGCCUCGGGCAAAGCACAGGGCAACCUUCGCACGCUCAACCUCGACUCCAGCGUCUUCUUUGGUGGACAGGUUUGGCAGGCGGGUGUGGCCAACGGCCUGAGGGGUUGCCUCCAGGGGAUUGUGUUGAACGGGCGUGAGCUGCCUCUGAGAUCUCAGCCUCGUGGCGCCCACUCUGUGCUGGAGGAACUAGUGGAAGCCGUGCCUGGAUGUAACCCACCUCCUCAGAUAUCGAGCUGCGCCAGUGAGCCCUGCGCCAACGGGGGAACUUGCACUGAACUGCCCAAUGGAGGUUAUUUCUGUAAGUGCAGUGCUCUGUUUAUGGGGAGCCACUGUGAGGUCAGCAUCAGCCCCUGCUCAUCCAAUCCCUGUCUUUAUGGGGGAACAUGUGUGCCACGUGGAGAUGACUUCUACUGCCAGUGCAGAGGCCAGUACUCUGGCCAGUGGUGUCAGCUAGGUCCAUACUGCACGGAAAACCCCUGCAAGAACAACGGCAGGUGCAUCGGCAGCCUGGAUGGCCCGGUGUGCGAGUGCGAGCCUGGCUUCCAAGGAGACAGGUGCCUGAGUGAUGUGGACGAGUGUCUGAAAAACCCAUGCACUAACGGUGGCCAGUGCCAGAACACGUACGGCUCAUACAAGUGCAACUGCUCGCUUGGCUAUGGAGGUCACCACUGUGAGCAACACGCCCAGAUGAGCAACCCGGUGCUCUCUACAUCCUGGAACAUCGGCCUUGAGGAGGUCAUCGGCAUUGUCGUCUUCGUCGCGGUGAUCUUUAUCAUGGCUCUACUGUUCGUCGUGAUCCGUAAGCGAGCAUGCCGGCGCACCAAACCAAGGUCUACCGAUGACGACAAACACCUGCCCACGUCUUUCCUACAGCAUCCGUAUUAUGACUCUAAGCUGGGCAGAAACGUGUACUCUGAUGUGCCGCCCCAAGUUCCUGUACGACCCAUCUCGUACACCCCCAGUGUGCCGAGUGACUCUCGGAACAACCUGGACCGCAGCUCGUUCGAGGGCUCGGCUGUUCCCGAGCACACAGAAUUCAGCACUUUCAACCCUGACCCGGUUGCCCAUGGACACCGCAAGGCCGUCGCCGUCUGCAGCGUGGCGCCCAACCUGCCCCCGCCUCCACCUUCUAACUCUGCCUCAGACAGCGACUCGAUUCAGAAGCCCAGCUGGGACUAUGAUUAUGAUGCCAAAGUCGUAGAUCUGGAUCCAUGUUUCAGUAAGAAGGUUGUAGAGGACAGCUCAUGUCACCCUUAUAACACCCGGGGCAGCAUGUCCGAGGUGCAGUCACUCAGCUCUUUCCAGUCUGAGUCCUGCGACGACAAUGCCUCCAUAGUGACUGUAGUCCACCUGGUCAGCUCGGCGGCUGGCUCGGUGGAGACCCAAGAGUUACUCCCGUCUCAUGAGCUCAAGAACCCGAGAGGGUAUCACUGGGACACAUCUGAUUGGAUGCCGAGUGUUCAGCUUCCUGGAAUCCAGGAGUUUCCUCAGUAUGAGGUGGUGGAGUCUCCGCCCACCCUGUACAACGACCCCGCCUUGCUAGACACUGACUAUUACGCGGGUGGCUACGACAUCGAGAGCGAUUUCCCUCCUCCCCCGGACGACUUCCCCACCCAUGACGACUUGCCUCCUCCUCCGCCUCCGCCCGCCACGUACGACACGCUCGACCCUGCGCCCUCUAGUCCCGGAGGCUCGUGGGUACGCAAGCGACCACCUUUACCCCAGCUCUACACGCUCAACCAUUACCUUCCUCACCACCAAUACCCGCCGUCUGACCCGGAGGCGCCGAAAAGCGGCAGCGCCGCGGCCGACAACAUUUCUCUGUCGCUGUACGCCUCGACGGUGUCGUGCUCAGACGUGGAGGAGUCGGAGGCGCCGAUGAGUGACUGCGAGAGCGGCGCUGAGGAUGGGGCACAAUUCCGACGGCUUCUCGUAGCACCACAACAGCAGCAACAACACACCGAAGUCUGACACUGGAUCCAUAAAACAGAAAUCAGAAAUCAAAAAGUGCCUGAAAAUGAAACCUUAUGCAGGAGACUGUUGCCGUAAAAACAUACGCUUACACACACACAAUAAGUACAUUAAGCAAAUAGGAUGUCUUUGGCAUGGACAUUUUCGAGGACAAUUACUCCUCUGGAGCACAGCAGCUAAUUUAACUAGGAAUCGAGUGUGUACAGGUGUCUGUCUGCCUUCACACACCGUGUCUGAUGAUAUUAAAGUCACAUCAUCUUCUCCAUGAAAGAAAAAAAAAGAAAAGGAAAAAGAAUAAUUUCAUGCGAUAGUUGUCUGUAUUGUAAAGAUAAAACCAUGCAAUCUUUUUUUGGUUCGUUUUUUUUUUAUUACAGAUGUUUGUUCAUUUGUAAUGUAAAUGGUACUGUACAGUUUUGAUUUUAAAGGUUGACUAGUUUUUUUUGUAGAUAUUUUAUUAUUUUUAUUUUUCGAAAAAAGAAUCAACGGGGUGAAAAAAACAAAAAACGGCGUGUCAUUUUCAGCUUUUUCUGGAGGACAGAAACAGUAUACAGAGGGUGCAAAAAAGAAAAAAAGUUAGGAAAUGUCUGUGUGUGACUGUCUCCACACUCCCUGCUCCGCUCCGACGGGCGUCUGCUUAUUAUUGUGAUGUCAGUCUCGUUUAAUUUUUUUGUGUUUUUUUUUUUUUUUUUUUUGUAAAACUUUUGAAACUUCUUUAUUUUUCCACCAGAUAAAAGAAAAAAGAACGGGACCCGGUAUAUUUAUAUUUUGCGAGAUGAAGUGUGGACUCGUGACUUUUUUCGAGCUCGUGUGUGAGCAAUGCUUCGGUCUUGUUUAUGAUUUUUUUUUUUUAAUACUGCCACUAGCUUAAUCGCUUUACUACUGGCAAUAAAUUAUUCUUAAAAAUACCA